AUGGUUUUCGAACCUAUUAAUAUAUUUUUUUUAAUUUUUUCCAACUUUUCUCAAUUUUUAGAUCAAUUUCUGAUGGUCAAGAUGACUUUAAAUUUUCUCCAGAUUCUGUCAUGCCUUCCCUUAAUUUGUUUGACUUUUGCCUUUGAAAUCAAACCACAAAAUCAAGAAAAUGGUGCAGUCCAAGACACUCCUACUUUAUUCUCUGUAGAAGGAAAAUUAACUAUUCGACCAGAAUUGCAGCCAAAACCAAAUGUUUUUGGAGAUAUUUAUAUUUCUUUGGAUUAUGGAAGAUACCAAGGAUUUGUCAGAAGUGACGGAACUUUCAAAUUAAAUGACAUCCCAACAGGCUCUUACAUUAUCGAAGCUAUUAGUGUAGACUACACUUUUGAACCAUUGAGGAUUGAUAUAACCAACAAAGGGAAGAUUAGAGCGAGAAAGUUGAAUCUUUUGCAGCCCAACGUUGUUGUGACUAUGCCAUAUCCCGUUAAAAUGACUGCAUUGCAUCCAACUCAAUAUUUCCGAAAGAGAGAGGAGUGGCGUGUGACAGAUGUACUCAUGAAUCCAAUGAUUAUAAUGCUAAUAGCUGCUUUUCUUCUGAUGGUGAUUACACCAAAAUUGGCUGCUCAAGACCCACAAAUGCAAAAGGUUUCUCUUCUUAAAUCUUUUUUAUAUUUACUUUUUAAGGAUAUGCAAAAUUUGCAAUUACCAAAAGUGGAUAUGCCCGAUAUGGCGGAUAUGUUGGCCAAUAUGUUUGGAUCAUCUAGCGGCAAAAAAGGAAAUACACGAAAGGCGAUUGCAUCACAAAAUACGAAAAGGACGACUCGAUAGUUUUUUUAAUAUUUUUAAAAAUAAUCAGGUAUUUUGGGGAAAUUCUAAAAGGGGAUAAGACUUAAUCAUUUUAAAAUUCUUAUAAUCUUUGAUACUUUUUGGAUAUCCCCCACCUAUUAGUUUGAGUCUUAAAGUUUCCUGGUAGUGGUUUCGGACACCCCUUUUCCUCUACGUUCCAAGAGAGGAAAACACAGACAUCCUUCCUCUACGUUUAGGGAAAAAAUUAUGGAGGAAAAGAGGGGGCCUCAAACUAGGAGAGGGUAUCCAAAAAGUAAACCAUUUUUCUGCUGUUUCUUUUUUUCUUACGAUUAGUCUAACAAUGAGCUAUAAAUGUAGUU